AUGGCACCCACCUACAACUUAGAAACCACCAUCCAAAAGGCCAUCGACGACGGAAUCGUCCCCGGUGUAGUCCUCUACGCCCGCAACAAAGAUGGAACCCUCAACUACUCCCACGCCGCCGGCUAUGCCUCCCUCUGCCCUUCCAAUCCGCGCCCCAUGACAACGCACACCAUCCUCGCCCUAGCUUCCAUGACCAAACUCCUUACCUCCAUCUCCAUCCUCCAACUUCUCGACUCUCCCUCCUACCGUGACUCAUUUCCCCUAGGCCUCGACACUCCCGUCACCGACCCCUCCUACCCUAAAACUUACCUCCCCGACCUUGCUUCGUUGCCUAUUUUGUCUCCAACAACCACCGACCCCUUCGCCACCCGCUCCCGCACAAAGCAUAUAACAGCCAGACACCUGCUCACCCACUCCUCCGGGUGCGGGUACACCUUCCUCCACCCCUCCCUGAUCGCCUGGAAUGAAUGGAAGCUAAAGCAGCAAGGCAAGACCCCCCAUUUGCCGAUAGCAACGGCCUUUGCGCAGACGGUUCCCGAACAGUUUUCCUGUCCGCUUUUGUUUGAACCGGGCGAAGGGUGGGCGUACGGGUGCGGGAUAGAUUGGGUCGGGUGGAUGCUCGAAAAAGUGAGUGGUAUGAGUUUGGAUGAUUGGCUGCAAGAGAAUUUGGUGAAGAAGUUGGGAUUGGAAAAGGGCAAGGUGACGUUCUAUCCCGAGAGGGUGUGGCCGACUGAGGGGGAAGAGGGGAAGAGGGAACGAGUGGCGGAGAUGGGGAAGAGGGAGGAAGGGAAUGGGGUGGGGACGGCGGGAGGUGGAGGAUAUGCAAGAAAGACCAAACACGUUGACUCGCCGCAGCUGAUGAAGCCGGCUGAUCGAGGGGCGUUUGGUGGGCAGGGAGGGUUUGCGGAUUUGGGGGCGUUUUGUGAGGUGGUGCAUUCAUUGCUGGUGGAUGAUGAACGACUCUUGAAGAAGGAGACGGCGCAGCUGCUUUUUGAGGGGCAGUUGAAGGAGGAAAAAGCGAAGCAAGCUAUAAAUGAGGGUAUGAAGACGCCUGAGUGGGUGGUGGGUUAUGUGGAGGUGCCAGCCGAGGCAAAGGGGUUGGUAUAUGAUUGGAGUGCGGGUGGACUGCACGUUGUUGAACCGGGGAAGGCAGACCAAAGUGGGAGGUGGAGGAGGAAGGGGUAUCUGGGGUGGGGAGGGGUAUUCAACUUGAAUUGGGCCGGUGUUUGUGGAGUGUUUGGGGCGCAGACUUUGGACCCGUGUGACCCCUUGAUUGAACCCUUGAUCAAGGAUUUCGAGAAGGAGAUCUAUGAGAAGCAUGGCGUGAAGUGA